ACUUCAUUGAUCAAGAGUAACAUGAAUCACACUUAGAGAUGUAAUGGAGACAAAAAAUAUAAAUACAAUGGAGGGCUGAAGACCAAAGAAAUUAAAAUAUGCAAUAAUUUCAUCUUGACAUCUGAUCUCCUUUACUGAAUAUGUUAGUUUGAGCUGAAGUAUGGCUACCAUGUUAAAGGCACUAUGGCGUGGUGUCACUACUUUGACUGCACCGGUAAACACAGCAAAAAGCUUUUCAACUGGAUCUAGCUGCUGGAUUCGAAUGCAUUCCAUUCCACAGCCUAAAGAGGUAGACAGAUGGACAGAGAAAAGGGUUAUGUUUGGAAUUUAUGAUAACAUAGGAAUUUUGGGGGACUUCAAAGCACACCCCAAGGACCUAAUUGUUGCUCCUGUUUGGCUGAAGGGAUUUCGUGGAAAUGAACUGCAGCGUUGCAUCCGGAAAAGGAAAAUGGUUGGAGAGCGCAUGCUCUAUGAUGACUACCAUAAUCUCAAAAAAAGAAUCAAGUAUCUGUACAAACGCUUUAACCGCUACGGCAAGCAUCGCUAAAAACUGAUUAAAAUAAACUUAGUAAAACAUUGUUUUGUUUAGCACCUGUA